AUGGAUUUAAAGAAAGAGUUCGAUGAAUUGUUAAACCAACUCGGUUCUAUUGAGGAGAUCAAGGUCCCUAGGUCUUGUUUUAAUGAGGGAACUUGUCGCUUACAUGUAUUUGUUGAUGCCUCUCAUGUGGCUUAUGGAGCCUUUGCAUUUGUUGUUAGCAGUAAGCACACAAGUCACUUGCUAAUUAGUAAGUCUCGAGUAGCUCCGAGCCCCUCACUCACUAUUCCCCGUCAAGAAUUACUUGCUUUGACUAUAGGCAUGCGCCUAGCUGUUCAUUUGCUAGAGAUUUUUGGGGAUAAAUUUUCAGAUUGUACAGUUUGGAGUGACUCCCAAGUAGCUUUGAGUUGGGUAUCUUAUGAAAGAUCUAAAGAAGUGUUUGUAAUCAACAGAGUAAAGGAAAUCAAGGACUUGAAGUCCAGUCAUAACAUCAGGUUGUUAUAUGUCAAGAGCGAGGAUAAUCCUGCUGAUUUAGUUACGCGAGGUAUUUCAAUGUCUCUUUUGAGUAAGUCAGGUUUGUGGUUUCAUGGCCCGACCUGGAUUAUUGACAAAAAUAAGUUUCCAGAACAAGAGGAUGUAGUUUACAUCGAGUCUGUUGAUGUAAAUGAAAUUAUUGUAGAACCAGUUUUGAGAAACCCUGAUGAUGACGUACUUGUAUUUAAAUGUUCUGAGUUCUCCUCAUUGAAACACGCAUUAAGGAUUGUAGGUAGAUUGAUCUUGUUUGGGAGAAGAGUAUUUCCUGAUAAAUUCAGGGAAAGUAACAAUUUACUUGUUUUAAUCAGAAUCAUGCAGCGUCAAGCUUUUCCAACGCUAUAUUAUGCGUUGACUAAUGGGUUACAAACCAGUUCUAGUGUUCCCUCUGAGUUAAGGAAUCUUAUCAGACAAUUAGGACUUUAUGUUGAUGAAAGUGGUGUCAUUCGGUGCCAAGGAAGACUUCAUAAUGCAGAAUUGCCAGAAUUCGCUAAGCAUCCAGUAUACGUCGCCAGCCGACACCCCUUAUGGCAACUUAUAGUGUCUCAUUAUCACAUACUCAACUUGCACUGCAACACGAAUACACUUGUGGUUAUAUUGAGACAACAGUUUUGGGCUGGAAAAAUGAGACAGUCCGUUAAGAAGAUCCUGAAAGAGUGCUUAUUGUGUAAGAAAGCACAAAAUCAACCUCUAAGUCUGCCUGGAUUUCCCCCAUUACCACCCGAACGAGUUAAACAUCAAGUCCCUUUUUCCUGUGUUGGCGUCGACUAUACGGGAAACAUUAAUGUGUCUGAAAAUGAAGCUGAGAACGAGGAGGCGUAUGUCUUGUCGUUUACAUGCGCUACGUCAAGAGCGGUUGCCUAUAUGUGUGCAAAUCCAUGA